AUGUCUUUUAGCAACACACCUCGAGUGAGAUCUUCGCUCUCCAAACAGACAGAGCUGCCAUUAUACGACGCUGAACAGAACAAUGCAGAAAAUGAUGCCCAACAAAGUGACCAGAGCCACGUGAAGAAGGAAGAUGACGACGAGGAGGAGUCUUGGGAACAGUCGCAUUCCAAUACACAGUCAAAGGAACAGAAGGAGCCGGACAGGAAACGCAAGGACAACAUCAACCACAAAAUAGGAGAGCUCCUUGAGCUCAUCCCUCCGUCUUUCUUUGCUGAUGUGAGCGAGAAGAACUCGGGCACGAAAGAUGGCAAGCCGAACAAGGGCCAGAUUCUUAGCAAGAGUGUUGACUACAUCACCUGGCUUCAGAACGAGAUAGACAUUCGGAACAGGCACGAGGUAGAGCUGACCCUGAUGCUUCAGCUCUCUCCCCACAACAGACAUACUGUCGCGGAGGAAAUGUUAGCGAAAAUCGGUGUGGGUCCCCUUGCGGAGGAGUAA